UGCAAGGAAGCGAUUCUGUGGAUUUUUACUCAAGAGGAUUACAAGACAUGCUAAUAUGGGAGAUGAUGAAUUUCGCCAUAGAUUUCUUGAGAGACUUUUUCCAGAAAAUCAAAUGGAAGCUUACUGUAUAGGGCUUAAUAGACCUAUUGAUAAAAUCUUUUCAUCUUUAGAAAAGAUUAAGAGAUAUAAAGCUGAAUUACUCUUUGAU